UUGCAGAUAGUGCGCAACGCAUGAAUACGAACGACUACGAAGAUGAAACAAUGAAUGAAACCCGUCAAUGAAAAUUUGCUUCCGGAGCAUUUUGACUGCUGUUUGCCUAAAACAACAACUAACGGAUCCUGCCAAUCCAAAGUACUCAAAAACGCUGUUUAUCAGCCUGUGAACCCUACUACCUACCAAACCACUACAUUUUCUUAGUUUAAGUUUUGUUUAAAAAAUUUAAUUAUAAGCCUAAGGUAGCCUUUUAGUCAAAAAAAAAAAAAAAAUGGGUGCAACACGCGAUAAGCCACGCAUCAAUAGAAGCCUCAUCUCGCUCAAAGUGGUGGUGUUCUUUGUCAUCAGCGGCAUCACCGCGCUUCAUGUGCUGCACGCCACCAAACCACUCCUGCUUGGCUUGAAUUUCAGCGAAUAUCGCCGCAUCAGCAUCAUUGCGCCAUUUGUCUCAAUACUGGGCCCACUGAUUGCCGGUCCGCUCGCCGAUCGGCUUGCGGCCAAGAAUGCCACCAAUUUCGGCCGUAUUCUACGCUUCCUCACUGCCCUCUUCCUGAUACUGGCCGUAAUUGUGUACGCCUGCCUCUUUGCCAUAUCCGAAGUGCAGCGUGAGGAAGCGCGUCGGCCAUUGGUCAGCUUCGGUUGUGAUUCACAUGGCGCUGUUAUAUUUCAAGAGCGUUGUUCCAAGGAGGCCACCUGUCAUCAUUGGAAGGGCAAGGUGGGCAAUGUGAAUUUGACACGCUGCACCUACACCUGCCAGGAUCCCACCAAGUACGAGAAUAUGUACACGCCAUGGUUUGAAGGUGUGCCCACACCGUUGCCCUCUACCGAGCACAGCUCCGAGUUUGAUUACGAAGAUGAAUCGGUUGCCACCUCAACGGAGACUUAUCGCAGAAGACGCGCAAUUGCUGGCGGUUCAGCUGAGUAUGGCGGUGAGCUGUUGAGCGCAGAGGUGCAACAGCAACAACAACGUGCUGGUCGCGCUGCCCGGGAUGUUGGUGAAGGUACGCCUACGAAGAUCUACGUUGAGCCACCACACUUAUGCCUCACCCAGAGGACAGACAGCGGUGAUACUGUGGUGAAGAAUUGCCAUGUCUACACGCAUGAUACGAAUAAUAUUGUGGUGAAUUCGGUGUUGCGGGCUGCGGAUAAUAGCAAUGAAAAUGAUACGCACAGCGAGGAGUGGUGCAAAUAUCCGUUGGAUGGCUUCCAGUGUAACAUCCCCACCGCUCAGGUUGAGUACAUGAUUGGGCUGAAGAAUGGCAGCGCUUGCAAACCGAUGAUUGAAUGUCAAGUGAUUGAUCCUUACGACAGCAAAGGCAGUGUACUGGCCGAUAGUGAAUGCAUUAAAAUUACUGGCGACUUGGAUGCCACAUUGGGCGGCUACACUGCCAUCCGCCUGCUGGGCGACAUUUUCGUGAUGGCCGCAUUGACGCUGCUCAACACCGCCAUCGUCAUUGCAGUGCGCGAGACAUCGGAGGGACGCGGUGAGGUAUGCCGUCAGUAUGUGUGGGGUGCGAUCGGUUAUGUGCUGCUCUUCUCGCCCAUCGAUUUGUUUGCCUUUUCGAGUGACUCGAAACACGACGCCGCACUGGUGGCAUUAAUACUUGUCAUUGUGUGUCUGCUCAUCGGUGCCUUAGUGCUGCUGUUUGCAUCGCAAAUGCCGCUUAGCCCGCCGGAGUGGUGGUGGCACACAAAGACCGGCAUGCUCGUCUAUCCCAUGUCGGCAAUACGUCGCUAUAGCCCGGAAAUAUUCGUGCUUACACUUGUCGCCAUACUAUUCGGCACAUUCUGGAGCUGCAUUCACAGUUUUCUCAUUUGGACAUUCAGCGAUACGUAUGCGGUCACCUAUUCUGGGUUGAUUUUGGUGUUGGUGCUGUUCUUCAAUGUCGACAAAUUCAUCGAAUAUUGUGGACAUUCGAAUAUCUUUAUCGGCGGCUUUGCGGUUUUCAUUAUACGCUUCACUGCGCUGAGCAGCGAUGGUACCCAAUGGUUGACCGUUGUAAUGGAGGCUAUCGAGCCGGUCGUCAUCGGAGUUGUGUGGAUUACGAUUAUACUGUAUAUGCGACAUGCGAUGCCCAGGAAGUUGACAGCGACCGGACAGGCAGUGGCUGUGUUGGCCUUCUUCGGCAUUGGCAAGGGCUUGGGUGCCGUCAUUGGAUUGGCGCGUGACGACAAGGUGCCCCAAUCGGAGGCACAGUCCAUACAUCAAUGGUUGGCAAUUGCCGCUUGCAUUAUUGCGCUCGUUUACUUCAUCAUUUACAAUUUGCUUUUGGCGCCACGUUGCGCUGCCAAAUCACAGCAUAUUGAAGAGUUGAUUUCAGGCUCGGCAUCGCAGAAUUUCAGUAAUGGCACUGGCAAUGGAGCCGGCAGCACCGGACAGGGUAGCACAGCGCUAAAUGGCAACUCGUAUUACUCGCCGCUACGUGUCUACCACAAUGAGCGAGGGAAAUUGGGACAAUUUAGAUUUUAAAUUUAAUUAAUGCGCUUUGAAAUACAUAUGCAGAUACAUACGUACAUACUAGUAU